GCUAAGAAGAAGAGGUAGGCGAAGAAGAAGAAGAAGAAGAAGAAGAAGGAGAGGUAGACGAAGAAGAUUCAAGGGGGAAUUAAUCAGCGUCUUCGGUUUGUUCUUCCGAUCCCGGAAAUCUACAGCUCGUAUUUAACGAUCGGACAUCUACAUCUUCUGUGAUUUUGAAGAAGAAGAAGAGGAGCGAUUCAGAUUUGAAUCGAUCGAAGCGAUUGUUUACUUGUUUGAGGUUUUUGAAAGUGGCCGGAAAUCUUGACCAGGAUUCGUCACGUAUUGACGGUGGCGGCGAUUUGUUGAGUUAAUUGAAAGACACAGGUAUUUGAAACCCUAAAGCUUUUGAUAAAUUUGCCUGCGCUUUUUUUGUGGUUUUUCUAUAUUAUCAUCGUCGUCGUUGAAGAACAAGCCACUGAUGAGGAGGCUUCUUACCGGCUCUCGAUCUACAAGGAUCGGAGAUUCAUCGAGCUCUGAAGCAAGUACUGAUUUAGAUCUUGAAGAAAGGUCAGAGGCGGCGGAAGUUGAUAUGAAGGAGCUUAGCUUUGAUUGGGAUUCUAGGUCUAGAUUUUACAUAUUCAUGAUCGCUAUUCCUCUGGAGGCAUGUGGAUACUAGAAUCGUCGAUUUUUGAAAAACUCAAAUUCCGAUUUUGGUUGGAUCUAUGGAUUAUCGGUGAUCUGCUCUCCGUAGCAGUAUCCCCGUGUCCCUGAUGUUAUAUUGUGCGUAUCUAUCUGGAUCGAAGAAGCUUCAGAGCUUAUCCAAGACUUUGAAUCUGUUUCGGAGCACUGCGAGUUGAAUUUGCCUUUGAAUCUCUCCACCUAAGCCUCUUUUUUUCCCGAAACAUAAGAACACUGCUGCCGCCGAGCUGAGGGCUUGCAGAGUAGUGGGUGGAAUUAUGUUGAAUUAAAAAGCCCCCUUAUUUCGGGGCGAUAUUAGACUCAAAACCCCUUCUUUGAAUGAACCGCCUCUGUUGUUUAUGUUAGAAGAAGUCUUUGUUGUUUCCAUGAACCAAAUCGGAAUCAGGGGGAGUUUUUGGAGUCCUUGAAAAACUGAUUUAACACGAUCUGCCUUAAGGUGACGUCUACUUUAAUGUUUUGUGGAGACUUUGAAGAGAAGUAAAGGAUUUUAGCUGGGAACAAAUCAUUACUCAUUUUAGUGCUUGCACUGGGGGUGUACCCAUCAAUCUGGCGCGGAGUAGGAAGCAAGCAAGAAUUGCACCUUGCAAAACUGCUGGUGGCCAGCAAACAGUGGAUGGGAUUAGAUCUGCUUCUCAAAGCAUGAUGAAUACAGUACGUGUAGAACUUACAAAUUCUAUCAGUCCGAAUUUGAGUUGGAAGGUCUCUAAGGGUUACAGAAGUGCACCAAGGCGAAGGAAACCGGUUGAUAAAUGUCUAAAAUUGGGUGUGGAACCGGCAAUUAAGAGCACUAAAAUUUCUUCUGAAACAACUGUUUCUGAAUCAGAGAAGCUUGGUGUGGCUGUACUUGGAAGACGGUUCAGUGACAAAAUUGAGCAUGUGCCGAUUAAGAAAAGAAGACUUAUGGUCCGCUCUCCUUCACCACCUCCUCACUUAUCUUCUCAAUUACCUGGAGACAAUCAACCAGGUCUGGAUCAUCGACGUGCUUCAUAUCAGAAAUCAUGUUCUAAAUCAAAUGCCAAAAAGGAUGUAACCAAGAGUGAUACUUCUUCAGUGACUAGUUUAACUCAUAGCGCUGUUACUCUUAAUGAGAGUUUAACUGAGCCAGCAAAUGAAAAGCCUGGUUAUGGGGAGGACUUCUCUGGUAUUGAGAUAUUGGCUGCUGCUGCCUGCAACAAUAGCAUACAUGAUGAUGUAGGUGAAGAGUUAUCACGGGAGGGUACAAAUUCCUCAACCUCUGCAAGGCCCUUGGAGAAAAUUGUUGUGUCGUUUUCCUCAACGAUAACUGAUUCAGAGAUAUCAGAAGGAAGAGAUGCAUCAGCGGAAGCAAUACAUUAUUCCCCUAAAGAUGCAGUACAUGAAGACAAAUUAGGGAAUUCUUCUCUUGAGGAUAGUAUGGUUAAAACUAAUACUGGUGAUGGAGAUGACCCAGCAGUAGCGUCUUCAAAGGAUGUUAGGUUUCACUGGGAUCUUAAUGUUUGUAUGGAUGCUUGGGGAGAGCCUUGUGAUCCUGUAAUGGUUGAUCCUCAAGCCAAUACUUUAGACAACAUCUCUAUUGAUAGACAGACAGAAAAGCAGCCAGUUUCACAUGAUGUUGAUGUGCAUGGAUCCAUAGCAGCUAAGAAUCAGAAAAUGUUGCCUGUGUUUGAAGACAUGGAACAGGGAUUGAAAGCAUCCCCUGACUUAGAAAUAAGUUAUCGUAAAUGUGGUGUGGCUGAUAAUGCUUUAGGAUCUUCAAAAGAUGCAGGUGUGGUUACAAACAAUUCCGAUCUGGUUGUCAGCAUGGAUGGAUGUGGUGAUAUUACCUGUGUUCCCUCUGAUAAUGUUGUAGGCACAAGUCCCCUGCCUUUGGAAAAGAAUGGGACACAAUCUACUAGAUUUGGUGAACAAUUGGGUGAAAAUGUCCAUUCAGGAAACAUGCAGGUCGAAACCCCUGCUAUAACAUGUGUGCCUAAUGUGGAGGGGGUUUCUUGUGAGAUGGGCAGCACUGUUGUGGAUGAUGAUGGUAAGGGCUCUGGUGCAACAUCCAGCUCCCAUGAUGAUCCAAAAUCUCCUGAAGACAUGACACCUGUUGAGAGUUGUCACUUACAGAAGAGUUUUCCAGAGGACAAGCCUGUAGGCAAAACAGAAGAUCUUAUCAAGCCUGCAUCAUAUGCAUCUGCUGGUGAAGGCCCCUCUUUGGUAAAUUUAAUCGCAAAGGAUCAGGUUGAAGCUGCAUCUCAGACUUUUACUGUUAAUUCUCAACAAAAUGCUGGGUUUCUAGAAGGAACAGCUAAAUCUUCCAGGGGUGCCGCCAAGGCUACAGCAGCUGAGGCCUGUCCCUCCCAUGAGCAAUGCCACUAUGGUAAUGGUACUAGAGGAAGUAGAGUCACUACAGUAGAUUCUUAUGGUGUCAACUCUAACUUAAACGAUAAGGAUCACAUGGUUGCCAACAAACCACCUUUGGAACAGGAGGUGGGCUAUGAUUCUCAGUAUGAAGAUGGGGAGUUGAGGGAGUCAGAUGUACCUUAUUGGGAGGAGAAUGAAUUUGACGAAGUUGAACAUGUUGAUUAUGGUUCUGAUACAUGUGACACUGAUGCUGCUGAUGGCUCUGUAUCUGGAAAAGUGGAAGGCAGUGAAUUUUGCGGGAUAGAAUCUAGGAACAGUAACAUGAAUGUACAGGUCGUGCGAGGAUUGAGCUUAGGUUCUGAUAAUAUUUGUGGAAAAGUUGAGCAUUCUGUGACUGGAAAUGCUUUGGGACAAUCUUCAGUGGGUUCAAAGACGCGAACAUCUGGUUCUGAACAAUUGCCUGGUGAUUCAGAAGCUUCUUCAAACAGAACUGCAGAAGCAACUGAGGGCUGCACAAUAAGGAAACAUACUGGUGAUAGCUUUUAUGAUCUUGAUGGGAAAGAUCCUGCUAAAGUGGAUGGACCAUUGACAUCUGAUACCUUGAAUAGGAUGGGAACUUCAUGCCGGAGGAGGUAUGGCAAUUUUGAUUUCUCCACUCGCUCGGGGGAGGUCGCUUCUGAUUAUUCCCUAGGAAAGGAAAGAUCCGAUUCACGUAUGCUUGGUAAGAGUUUGGGAGGUGUUCGUUUGGUCAAUCCUUCUAGGAGUUGUUGGGAUUCCAAACGCCAUGGAUCACCACCUUAUCGUGGUUCUUUUGGUUCUGAUCGCCCUAGACCAAGAAGUGGCAUAGAAAGUGAUGAAUAUGCAAUGGAUCCAGAUGAUACAUUUUCAGAUGCGGCAGAGGUCGCAGGAGUUCACAGUCGUGUUCGCAGGCCUGCUAUGAGUUAUAAUUCAAAUCGUUCUUAUCAGCCCACAUUCAGAAGAAGAUCCCCAGAUACACACAGGGGAAUGAUACCUAUGAGAGAUAUAAGUCCUGAUAGGAGGAGGUUACGAAGAUAUCCACUAGGGGCUGGUAGAGGCAUUCGGGAUUACCACAGGCCUAUCCCUGAAGAGCUGAACGACAGUUCUUUUAAUGGGCCGCGUCGUAUUACCAGGAGAGAACCAAGUGCAUCUCCCCCUGGCAGAGGACCUUAUUAUGGUAGACCUAGGUUCCAGUCUAGAGGCAGAAGUCGCUCUCCUCUUGCGUGGGAACGGAAUGAAGUUUCUAGACAUUGUGGUAGCAGGUCACCUGAUUAUAGAUUUGAUGGUAAAUUGGAGAGGGGGAGAGCGCCCUUUCAGAAGAACAGUUUCGGACCAAAGUAUGAACCAAGGUUCAUUUCCCCACCAAAACGCCGGUUUUCCCCACAACACCAUGCAAGAUGGUUUGAUGAUCAUAAUGGUGCUGGAGAUCAUAAUUUCAGAGGUAGGAGAGGAGGUGGAAGAAGAUUCCAACCAGGCCCAAGGUUUGAUUCAGUGUGUUCUAGGAGAGUGGAUUCAGACGAUUAUUUUGAACCCAAUGUUCGUCCAAGAUUCUCAGAGUUGAACAGUGGUGGUAGGGAAUGUAGAUUCGAGGGCAGUGACGAAGAUAGAAGGAAGCCUGAAAGAAGAUUUGAAAUCAUUCAGCGGGUGAGGCGUUAUGAUACUGAUGGUGUUGUGCGUCAGUUCCGGUAUGAUGGAGAAGAUCGGUUUGCAUCACGCAAUGCACAGGACUGUAACACACAGAACUUGGAUAACUGUGAUAAUAAUAGGGGUGCUGAUCGACGACCCCGGGAUGUUUACCUAGGAGAGCCGCAGCAGCAGCAACAGAUAGAGAAGAGAAGGGGUAAUUAAGCAAUAAUGACAGUAUUUUUUAACUCCAGCUUUCAACUCAUUCAAACGGCGAGAUGCACAAAAUGAGAGGAAAAUCUUCAUCAUCUUUGUGUCCGCUUGGCUAAACGUUUCUGUUUAUGCUCGGAUUUCUUUUCCAAGAUAGAUAGGAGUUCCUUUUUUUCUUCUGCCCUUUUCUUAUUUCCAUAUUCACUGUUCCCGGCGGCUCGUCACUGCUUGUGGAAGCAGCUGCUCUUACCAUAUUGGCGUAGGCAAAAUUUUUUUUAGGUAGGGUCCGAUGUUGCUUUGUUAUCAUCUUUGCAUUUGUUUUCACUCAGGUUCUUUAAUAUGAUUAGUGAAAGAAUAUGCCAAGUUUUAGUUUGAA